CUAUCACCUGUGGUCCCCCUCCAGCAGUGCUGUAUGGGAAGGUGGAAGGCUCUGACUAUCGCUGGGGUGCCAGUGUGAGCUACAGCUGUGCAGAGGGUUAUCAGCUGUCCAACACAGCCAUUCUCUCCUGUGAAGGACGAGGGGUUUGGCGAGGAGACAUCCCACAGUGCUUGCCUGUGUUUUGUGGUGAUCCUGGCACUCCAGCAGAAGGACGUCUCAAUGGGAAGAGUUUCACCUACAGAUCUGAAGUUAGUUUUCAGUGCAGACCCCCUUUUAUUCUGAUAGGCUCCUCAAGAAGGUUCUGCCAAGCAGAUGGCACUUGGAGUGGAAUCCAGCCAACAUGCAUUGAUCCAGCUCACAAUACAUGUACAGACCCUGGUACUCCACAUUUUGGAAUCCAGAACAGUUCCAGAGGUUAUGAGGUUGGGAGCACAGUGUAUUUCAGGUGCAGGAAAGGUUAUCACAUUCAAGGAUCUACCACCCGUUCUUGUCUGGCUAACUUAACCUGGAGUGGGAUCCAGUCUGAGUGCAUUCCUCAUGCUUGUAGGCAGCCAGAGACACCAGCACACGUAGAUGUGAAAGCAAUAGACCUUCCUACCUUAGGGUACACUUUGGUGUACACCUGUCAGCCAGGAUUUUUCCUUGCUGGAGGAUCAGAACAUCGGACGUGUAAACCAGAUAUGAAAUGGACAGGAAAAUCACCUAUUUGUAAAAUUCCCUCAGAUGUGUUUUUUAUAAAUUCACUGUGGAAAGGGUUUUAUGAAUACCUAGGAAAAAGACAACCUGCUACUCUCACUGUGGAUUGGUUCAAUACUACAAGCAGCAAAGUGAAUGCCACGUUCAUCGAGGCAUCCAACAUCCAACUCAAACUAUCAGGUAUUUACAAGAAGGAAGAAGCUCAUUUGCUCCUGAAAGUGUUUCAGAUUAAAGGACCCAGUGAGAUUUUUGUCAGCAAGUUGGAAAACGACAACUGGGCACUCGAUGGUUAUGUAUCCUCAGGGCUGGAAAGAGGUGUUUUUACCUAUCAAGGUGAUAUACAUGGAAAAGACUUUGGGAAAUUUAUGCUCCAAAGACAAG